CGAGCUCGAAAGGAUCUAGUGGCAAAGACGUGGUCUUUGUUUUUUUAUGUGCAGUGGUCAAGUCUUCAUCUUGCGACAAGGAUAGUAGUUCUUCCCCACCGUUGACCCUUUAUUCCCUCACCAAGUCUCAACGCUUGAGGUAGCUUCAACAUGUCUGACCUAGUCCGAAUUGCUAUAGGUCGUGGCGGGACUUUCACCGAUGUUCAUUGCUCUCGGAAAGGUCAUGAAGACAUUGUAAUCAAACUUCUAUCCGUUGACCCGGCAAACUACGCCGAUGCUCCUACAGAGGGUAUACGAAGAUGUCUCGAGAUGACUUCUGGAAAGAAACUUCCGAAAGGCGAAAAGAUUUCCCUCGAAGGUGUAGAAUCUAUACGUAUGGGAACCACCGUGGCUACCAACGCUUUGCUCGAACGUCAAGGUGAACGAUGUGCUUUGCUCACUACCAAAGGUUUCCGAGAUCUUCUGAAAAUUGGCAAACAAGCUCGCCCAGACAUCUUCGACUUGACAGUCACCAAGCUUACUUACCUCUUCGACACAACGGUGGAGAUUGACGAAAGGGUCACCAUCGAGACUUUCCUCAUGGACCCGGAUCCUCAACCUAUCGAUGUGGAAGCCGACCCACAAUUGGUCAAAGGAACCACAGGCGAGAUCCUACGUGUGUAUAAGAAACCCAGUAUGGUCGAAGUCGGUGCUCAACUCGAUGAGCUAUGGUACCAGGGUUAUCGUAGUGUAGCCAUUGCGUUACUUCACUCUUGGACUUUCCCCGAUCAUGAGGCUGAGAUUGCCGCUUUGGCGAGGAGGAAGGGUUUCAGCGUUUCCGUUUCUCAUGAAUUACAACCUACCAUCAAAAUACUUUCUCGUGCCAAUUCCGCUGUCGCCGAUGCCUACCUCACCCCCGUCACCCGCAGAUAUAUCGAAUCCUUCGCUUCAGGUUUCCAAGGCGGUCUCGAAGGUCUAGGCGAGAAACUUCUGUUCAUGCAAUCUGAUGGAGGUCUCUGUCAAUGGGAUCGUUUCUCCGGUCUCCGUGCUGUUCUUUCUGGUCCUGCUGGAGGAGUGGUCGGCUACUCGAAAAUCUGCUAUGAUCCGAAAGAUGGUACACCUUUGGUUGCCGUUGAUAUGGGGGGCACUUCUACCGAUGUUUCACGAUACGCAGGAUCUCUAGAACAUGUCACUGAAACAACAACCGCUCAAGUCAUCUUGACUGCCAUUUCUUGCGAUAUCAACACUGUAGCCGCUGGUGGUGGUUCCCGACUUUUCUGGGCAAACGGAAUGUUUGUCGUGGGUCCUCAAUCCGCUGGUGCUCAUCCAGGUCCAGUAUCAUAUGGAAAAGGUGGUUAUCUGGCAGUGACAGAUGCCAAUUUGAUGCUUGGAAGACUUCUCCCUGAACAAUUUCCAAAGAUCUUCGGACCAAAUGAAGAUCAACCUCUCGAUGUCGAAGCUACCAAAGCUGCUUUCAGUCAACUUGCCAGAUCUAUCAAUGCGGAGAAAGAAGGUCAUGAAUUGUCAGAAGAGGAAAUCGCUUCUGGUUUCUUGGAAGUUGCCAAUGAAGCCAUGUGUCGUCCCAUCCGAACUCUGACAGAAGCUCGUGGAUUCGAUACUGCCAAUCAUAAUCUGGUCAUUUUCGGUGGUGCAGGUGGACAACACGGUUGUGCAAUCGCUUCAGCACUCAACAUUAGACGUAUAAUCGUACCCAAAUUCUCAUCGAUCCUUUCCGCUUACGGAAUGUCUUUGGCGGAUAUCGUAGAAGAGAUACAAGAACCUUCGGCACUUACUACCCAUCCUGAUAAUCUUGACGCUUUGUACGGUCGUGGUUUGGUACUUAAAAAACAAGCCAUCGCUCGAUUGGUCGCUCAAGGUUUCACGGAAAAUCGUAUCAAACUUGAAAUCUUUUACAAUUGUCGAUACAAAGGUGCUUCCACUGCCCUCAUGGUUCCAAUGCCUACGGAUGGAGAUCUGGAGAAAGCUUUCAUCGAACAACACAAGACGUUAUUCGGAUUCACUCUUGCGGAUCGAAUUGUUUUCGUAGACGACGUACGUGUUAGAGCUACGGGAAUGACGGAAUCUCGUGUUCCUCCAAGUUUAUACGACGAACUUAAUUCUGUCUCUCGAAAGGAGAUCACUUCCAACGAAACGAAACCGGUUUAUUACGGAGGUCACGGUUGGUUAUCUACCAGUAUCGUUGCUCUUAAAUCCAUGUCAUCAGGUCAAACCAUCACUGGACCUGCAUUACUAUACGAUGAGACUCAGACAAUAUUGGUUGAACCUUCUUUCCAAGCUAUUGCUCUUACCGACCAUGUAGUCAUCGAUUCUGUCGGAUUGAAAAAGGCAGAGGGUAUUUCUCUUGAUCAUUGGGAUCCUGUACAAUUAUCUGUUUUCGGUCAUCGAUUCAUGUCUAUCGCCGAACAAAUGGGUUCGAUCUUACGACAAACUUCUAUUUCCAUCAACAUCAAAGAACGUCUCGAUUUCUCUUGCGCUUUGUUUGAUCCAGUUGGGAAUCUCGUCGCCAACGCUCCAGAUAUGCCUGCUCAUCUAGGGGCCAUGUCUUCAGCUGUUAAAUAUCAAGCGGCAUUAUGGAAGGGUAAAGUGGUAGAUGGAGACGUUUUCGUUUCUAAUCAUCCUGCCGCUGGUGGAUCUCAUUUACCAGAUAUCACAGUCAUAACACCCGCUUUUCAUAAUGGAGAAAUUGUUUUCUGGUCAGCUUCGAGAGCUCAUCAUGCGGAUAUUGGUGGAAUUCGAGCUGGUUCUAUGCCUCCUUUCUCCACUGAAAUCUGGCAAGAAGGAGCUUCUGUUAAAUCAUUCAAACUCAUCAAACAAGGAGUUUUUGAUGAAGAAGGUAUAACCAAAAUCCUUUAUCACGAUCCUGCUCAAUAUCCUGGCUGUUCAGGUACUCGAACUCUGAGUGAUAACAUCUCCGAUCUCAAAGCUCAAGUAUCAGCAAAUUACAGAGGUAUCACUCUUAUCAAAGCUUUGUGUGAUCAAUAUGGUAUUCCAGUUGUACAACAUUACAUGCUAGGUAUUCAAACUGCGGCGGAAACAGCAGUGAGGAAUUUGUUAAGGAGAGUUGGAGAGAAGUUCGGUUAUGAACCUCUUGAAGCUGAAGAUUAUCUCGAUGAUGGUUCUACGAUAAGAUUGAAAAUCACAAUUGAUAGAGAAUCCGGUGAUGCGACUUUCGAUUUCACAGGAACGACAAAACAAGUUUAUGGAAAUUAUAACGCUCCUACUGCUAUCUUAUAUUCCGCCAUUCUUUACACUUUGAGAUGUUUGAUCAAUGUCGAUAUGCCUCUCAAUCACGGUUGUUUAAUCCCUCUCAAGAUCAUCGUUCCUGAAGGUUGUCUCUUAGCUCCUUCUGAGGAUGCCGCGACCGUGGCUGGGAAUGUUGAAACUUCUCAACGAAUGACAGACACCAUCUUUAAAGCUUUCCGAGCAUGUGCAGCAUCCCAAGGUACUUGUAACAAUUUUACUUUCGGUUACGGUGAAACUCUUCCUGACGGCACUUUCCGCGGUUUCGGUUUUUACGAAACAAUCGCUGGUGGUUCUGGUGGAGGAGCAACAUGGGAAGGUCAAUCUGCCACUCAUGUUCAUAUGUCUAACACUUCCAUAGGGGACGUGGAACUUUGUGAACGUUUGUAUCCCAUGAUGAUCUCCGAAUAUUCUAUUAGAAAAGGAAGUGGUGGUAAAGGUCGUAAACCCGGUGGAGAUGGUUGUGUCCGAUCGUAUCAAUUCACGAAGAAAGUCGAUGUAGCUAUUUUGAGUGACAGAAGGACUAUUGCUCCUUAUGGUAUGUUGGGUGGUGAACCUGGUAAGAGGGGUGAGAACCUUUGGGUUAGAUGUAGGGAGGAUAAAACGGCUAUCAUCAAUUUGGGUGGGAAAAAUCAGAUGACUGUUUUACCUGGGGAUACGGUUAUCAUCAACACGCCUGGUGGAGGUGGGUUCGGCGUCCCAGGGUCAGAAGACGAUGGAACAGCUCUACACUACAUCACAGAGAAGAACUCUAAACCUCAGCGUCAUGGACAAGGUACCGUUUCUCAGUUCCGCGAGACGCAAAUGACCGUCUGAGCGAGAAGAUGAAAGGUGAGGGUGGACCACGUAUAGACAGUGUAUAGACCUGAUGUAUCUUUGCUCGGAUACUACAG